AUGGCAGUAAAUCAGGAAGUAUUGGAAGCAAUCCGGGGAAUGAGCGUCAUGGACCUGGCCGAUAUGGUCAAGGCAUUGGAAGAAGAGUUCGGUAUCUCCGCAGCCGCUCCCAUGGCUGUCGCCGCUGCUCCUUCAGCAGCAGGCGCGGGCGACGAAGAGCAAACCGAAUUCUCCAUCACGCUGGCGGAUUUCGGCGCCAACAAGAUCAAUGUCAUUAAAGCCGUCCGCGAGAUUACUGAUCUUGGACUGCGAGAAGCAAAAGAACUGGUGGAAUCAGCACCGACUCGCGUCCGCGAAGGCGUGAACAAGGACGAAGCCGACAGCAUCAAGACCAAGCUGGAAGAUGCCGGCGCGACCGUGCAAGUCGCCUAA